UUGUCCCUUUAUAAAAGAGACAUGCCUUCCCCUGGUGUCCAUGAUCGCUCUUGCCUCUUGGUCCCUUCAAACUGCCAUUCCAACCUGCACAUCACACUACUCUCUCCUCUCCAUCUCAUCCUGAUCUCCAUUCACCUAUCAUCUACUACCGCCUGCAACCUAGCUAGCUGUAGCUCGAUCCGGAUCUCUAGCUAGCUUGAUUUCCUCUCCCAUGUCUGCCAUCUACAUGAGCCAGCUCUCCACUGCUCUCCCUCUCAUGGAGGGAGAUCACCACCAGGAUCAUCAUCAAGGCCACUUCCAGGCCUUCACCCCGCCCAAGGAUCCCCAUAUCAUGUUCCCUUUUGUGAUCAGCAACAGCAGCAAUAGUGACAGCGGUACACUAAGCUAUGGAUCGGCAGACCAUCGCUUGAUGAGGCAGCAUCAAUCUAUGCUAGAGCCCCAGCAUAUGAUCGGUGGAUCGUCGGCGAGUGUCUUUGCGACGACGUUCCCGACCGUGGAGAGCAUCCGCGACGACAUGAUCGAGCCAUCCUCGUACGAUCCAUACGAUAUGGGGAAGCUGCAGGUCAGCGGAUCGCUCGAGCCUGGCAACUGGACGCCGCCAGCCAAGAUGCGGAUCACGAGGAAGGCGAGCGCCGAUAAUCCCGGUGCCGGUGUGGCGGUGAAGAAGCCCAGGAGAAGGGCGCAACCGUACCAAUAUAUGAGCAACCAACCUAAUCUGGGUGUUAUUAGGGUGUGCUCGGACUGCAAUACCACCAAGACCCCCUUGUGGAGGAGUGGUCCUUGCGGCCCCAAGUCGCUUUGCAACGCCUGCGGCAUCAGGCAGCGAAAGGCGCGGCGGGCGAUGAUGGCCUCCGGGGCGCCGUCCACCGACGGCACCAAGGCAGCCGCGGCCUUGCCCAGAGGUACCAUGGCCGCGCACGCGAAGGAGAAGAAAGAUAAGAGAGCGGACGUGGACCGGUCGCUGCCGUUCAAGAAACGGUGCAAGGUGGUCCGGGAUCACGCUGCCGCCUCCGCUCCUGCCGCUGCCACUGACAAGACCGUCGUCCAGACCACCGCCACGGUUGUUGACACCGGGCUGAGCAGGGAUCUCGUCGACAACAUUGGGUUCAUCAUCUGGAGCAGGAGUCCUGCUCCCGCAGCGCCCGCGACCGCCUGCAGCAGCUUCCGACCGUCGCCGGCCUUGCCGGUGCAGGACGAGAUCACGGACGCCGCCAUGCUGCUCAUGACGCUGUCCUGCGGGCUUGUCCGGAGCUGAUGAUCUACCCUCUACCGAUCACGACCACGUACCACCGCAGGCUUUUUGCAGCUAGCUAGUGCCUUAGAUUGUUAGUGUUACCGUCUACCGCCGUCUGAGCUGUAGUGUUUUUUGGCUUCUUGUUCUUGUUGCUAGUGUAGCAUGUGCUACUGUUCAAGUCAUGUGAUCUGUUCGUGCAUGAGAGAGAGAGAGAGAGAGAGAGAGAGAGAGAGAGAGAGAGCUGAGAUAGGAGGAAGAAGAAGAUCACGAGGGAAGUAAUAAGGUAAAAUCGUAAUAAUAUCUACGUAGAUUGCUAGGAUAUUGUUGCAUGCAAUGUGAUCGAGUUUCAUUUUGGAGUAGUGCGCUUUUCUGAUGCUGCGGCUAAUCUGGUUGCUCGCUACUACAUGUAUGUUCUUCGUUUUGGUUGAGUUUCUUGUACUGGAGCUAAUAAUAAUAAUAUGGAGAGAGAUCAAAGCACGAGGUGUUGCUGUUCGUCGAGACUAGUU